AUGCCUCCUCCCGACCCAUCCUCAACCUCAACCGGAGCCUCGUCAUCAUCAUCAUCAUCAUCGCCCUCUCUCCCCCUCCUCGCAGCCCACGCCCUUCUCACUACCUUCAACUCCUUCCUCACCGCCUCCAUCCACACCAUCCUCUACUACCGCAACGUCUACCCGAAGCGCACCUUCCUCUCCGCCCGGGCCUACAGCCUCCCCGUCCACCAGAACCGCCACCCCAAGGUCUGCGCCUGGGUCCGCGACGCCGUCGACGCCGUGGCCGCGCAGCUGUCCUCGGGAACCGUCAGCCGCGUCGUCGUCGUCAUCCACGCGCCCCGGCCGCCGCCACCACCACCAACACCAAAGAAAGCCGCUGGCGGCGGCGGAGCAAAAUCAAAAUCCCCAUCAAACGGCGGCCGCAGCACAGGCAGCGGGGCCACUAGCAGCAAGACGGCUACCCUCAGUGCCGCCGUGCCGCCGGGCGCCGUGCUCGAGCGGUGGGUCUUUGACGUGAGCAGCUUCCCGGCCUGGCCCGGCGGCGCGGAGGCCAUGCGCGGGUUCGAGGGCGACAAGCGGAUAGCCGAGGACGAGGAGCUUGUCGGCGAGGGCGGCGAGGGCGGCGAGGGCGGCGAGGUCGAGGUCGAGGUCGAGGUCGAGGACGAGGACGAGGUCGAGGUCGAGGAUGAGGACGAGGACGAAGACGAUAGCGACGAUGACGAGGAUCGAGCUGCUCUCAUCGAUGACGCCGUCAACUGGGCCGAUGUCGAAGAGCAGCUGCGUGGAGCGCUACGGCGUCUAUCUCAUACUGGAGAAAAGAUGGGUCCGUUGCCAGAUGGGUGCACGUUUACCGUUGCAGUCGAACUGCGGGAUGAGGCCAAAGCGCCCAUUGGGGUAAUGAUAAAUCUGGCAAAAAUUACUCUGGUGUUGCUCAAGCAUGCUAAUAUCUUCUGA